CGCUGAGCCUCCUGAUUGGCUCUGGUUCUGAUAGCAAAAUCAACCCACCAACUACUGCUAACCUGAUGAAAGUGAAACAACCGACAGACUUCCUGGUUCCUUCAGCUGGUGGUCCUCACGUCGGUCUGACAGUCGCCUUGAUCUGAUGAUUGUCCGUCAAUUCAUCUUAAGAGGAAUCUCAAAUUCUCACCUACAUGCUCACCUGACAAGGCCUCCAGGCAGCCUGACUAUGGCCAGACCAAGUUCAGACCUGGCAGCAUUCAGGGAGAUUUUCUCAAAAGCCCAGAACAUCGCCAUCAUCACUGGAGCAGGAGUGAGUGCAGAGAGUGGAGUCCCGACCUUCAGAGGAGCUGGGGGCUACUGGAGAAAAUGGGAGGCACAGAAACUUGCCACGCCAGAGGCCUUCUCCAGAAAUCCUUCCCGUGUUUGGGAGUUUUACCACUACCGCCGUGAGGUCAUGCUCACCAAAAAUCCAAACCCCGCCCACCUGGCCAUCGCAGAGUGUGAGGAGCGGCUGAGCAAACAGGGACGCACGGUUACGGUCGUCACUCAAAACAUAGACGAGCUUCAUCGAAAAGCCGGAUCCAAAAACAUCCUGGAAAUCCACGGGAGUCUGUUUAGAACACGCUGCAUGAGCUGCGGUCAUGAAGCAGCCAAUUACACGAGCCCCAUCUGCGCUGCUCUGGAGGGCAAAGGAGCUCCAGACCCAAAGACUGACGAUGCCAACAUCCCUGUCCAGAAUCUGCCCAGGUGUGAACAGAGAGGCUGUAAAGGCCUCCUGAGACCAGCUGUGGUUUGGUUUGGAGAGACUCUGGACUCAGACAUCCUCACCCGAGCAGAACAAGUGUUGGACAGCUGUGACCUCUGUCUCGUGGUUGGCACCUCGUCUGUUGUCUAUCCAGCAGCCAUGUUUGCUCCUCAGGUGGCAGCCAGAGGCGUCCCUGUGGCCGAGUUCAACAUGGAAGACACCCCGGCCACCAUGCGCUUCAAGUUCCACUUCCACGGCCCCUGUGGCACCACGCUGCCCCCUGCUAUGGCACGCCACGAGGAGGAGAAGAACUGAAAAGAAGUCAGCUGCAAACAGACCAGACUGUCUAACACUGGAGGAAUGUAUUGGCACAAAAAUAAUCAGUUUAAUAUUAAAAUAAUCUACAAUGAACAACGGGUGGAGGGGCUCAUGAAAAUGAGGACAAUAUGCUGUCGUUGAUUCAAGCUGUCAAACAGAUUAAACAAACAAGAAGACUAAAAAUACUACAACAGUUACACACACAGCACUUUAGGCAUUUACAGACAACCUGAUGCAUUUUGACUUGUGGCUUUUUCUUUAUUGUUUAUUUGAAAUUGUCUUUUCUUUUUAAUAUAAAAUAUUGUAGCAAAACUUCCCAAAGGAAAUCAGAUUUCUGAGCUAACUACAAUUUUAUUUAAAAUUGUAAUCAUUAUGAAUAAUCUGUUUCCAUGAAGGCUUUUGGAGGUGUUAACAGUAAUUUGCAUAAAAAGCAAUGUUAAAAGAGACCGUUAAUAAAUACUGACAGAUUAAAUACAGUCACAUGGAGGACCUUUCACUCCUGCUGCAUUGAAAGAAUAGGUGACGCCUGACACUAGGGGGCAGUAUUUGGCUGUUGUGACUACACCUCCAGUCUGAAGGAUAAACUAAAGCCUGCCAAAGGAUCAGGGGGAUGUAUAGUGUGUGUGUUUGUGUGCGUGUGUGUUUGUGCAUGACUGUGCUAGUGCAGUGUUGUCUGAGUGUAUAGACUCUAACAAUGGCUUCCAGUGGCCAUGAGUAGGCACCAUGAAUAAGGCAAACCAGUGACUGUGCACCCCUUCAGCCUGUCAGGAAAAGAUACAGAAUUUGUUACAUGCAUGUUAACUGAAGCAGCGUAUUCAAAUAAAACAUCCAAAUAAAAGUACUGAAUGUUCUUAUAAACUGAA